GAGUCUGCUAUAUCAUUCUGUCAAACGAACGCGUUCCCCGAUGUAUCCGUGUAAUAAGUGAGACGAGUAAAUAAGUAUGUAAAUGUGACGUAAAAUGUCUUUACCGGGGGUUUCGAUUAAGAUAUUCGGAAAAAUGUAACAUAUGCAAGUACAUAAAAAAACACAACUGAUUGGUACUAUGUUUUAAAAAAUGCCAUCUGAAGUUAACAUUAGCGAUGCAGCUUUCAAGAAGGACAAUGGGGGAGAUGAAUCAGAAGAACAAAGUGUUUCAUUAUUAACUGUUAGUACUACAAAUCAAGAUUCCACAGCUAUAGUAAAACAUGUGAAAACCAAUGCUACAAAAAGUAAUCAUACAGCUUUUACAGCUGACAUUGAAAAUGAUUUUAUAAGGCAAAAUGAGAAUACUUCUUUGCCAUUAGAUACAAAUUGUAUGACAACUGAAAAUGGUUUACAGCAAGCAGAAGCAUCUUCUUAUCAACAGGAAGUAGUCAAUAACAUAGCUGAUGCUAACAUGUUGAACUCCUUAGAAGAACAAAAUACUUGUUCUGAAUCAAAAUGUCAUGAGGAAAAUGUAAUUUUAAGAGCUGCUGAUUCCGCAACACCAGUGUCAGCUGGUGAAACUGAAAGUGGCAGCAGCAGUUCAAGUAAAUGUAGUAAUGAAGUCAUACAAAACUCAAGUCAAAGGCUUACCUCAUUGUCUCAUAAAAACUUAACAAGAAAAAAGUGCUUUUUAGCUGGCAUUGAAAACAAUACUGGAAACAUAGCAAGUACUUCGGAACAGCUACCUUUGUCUUCUAGAAAUAUGAUGAGAAAAAAACAGUUUUUUAGCAGAGAUUUACAAUCUACUAGCGCAGAAUCUCAAUAUGAACAAAAUACGAGAGACCAGCAUAACAAUAAUGAGGAUAACACGUACAGUGAUAAUAGUCGGGGUUCCUGUAUAAAAGAUUACAGUUUACCUUUGGAAAGUCUAGCUUCGUGUAGUUCAGAUGAUUGUUCACAAUUCCAGAGCACAUUGACAAAUGAAGCACAUAGUAAUGAUAUUGUAAAUGCACAUAAACCAUUAAGUUUAACAGAGAACAACAAUAAGAGUACAAGUGAAAAUUUAAGUAGAUUAAAUGAACCUGGUAGUUCAUUUUCUCAUGUAUCCAAAAGUGUGCCAAAAACUCAGAACAGUUUGGCCGACUUAGUACGUUGCAAUGACAUGAUAAGGAAACCAUUUAAACUGCCAAUUUUAGAAAAUUUACAUGAAACUGCCAGUGCUCAACAAUCUGAACUUGAAGAAAAUGCUGUAGCACUUUUGGAACCACCUUCUAUGAAACAAGUACGUUUAGAAGAAGCGCAAGGUAUAGAAAUAGAACCACAUCGUUCUUCAAAUAGUAGCGACGGGAGCAAUUCUGAUACUGAAUCACAACAGGCAGUUCUAGGUCAUAAUGGGACCAAAAAGAGGUCAUGUGAUACAAAUGGUGUUAUAACAAAAGAAGGUGUGGAAUAUUAUCAAUUAUGGCGGAGUACAGGGGGCUUCUCAUCACCUGAACGUUUAUAUGAAACAUUAUACCCAAGUCCUCCACCACUUCCACCACGGUCAAUGCACAAACUUUUACACAGAAGUAAUGCUGGUCCACCAGAAUUACCUAAACGAUGUUCUCAAAAGUACCCAGCACCCUUGCACCCUGAAGAUUGUUUUGGAUUUGAAAUAGUAGAUGUCGAUGAAGCUUCUAAUUCAAAGUCAAGGACAGCUGUUACGAAAAGUAUAGCAUUAUUGAGUUUACCGAGAGCGCAUAGACCGUUGGAACGUCCAGAAACCGGGCCAACGAAUCAGUUGGAAUGUCCUCCAACACCUACGCAUCGCCCAAAGCUAUUGCGUCCAUUACCAAUGUGCCAAAAAUCAAGUGUACCAUUACCCUCUGAAGAACCCUUACCUCCAUGCUGGGAAGCAAGAAUUGAUAGCCAUGGUCGAGUGUUCUACAUAGAUCACAUUAAUCGAACUACAACUUGGCAAAGGCCCAAUUUAACAACACGAAAUACAGGUUGUGAUCUUCGGCGACAGCAAUUGCACAGACGUUAUCAGAGUGUUCGUCGAACCAUCUCUCGACCUGACAAUAUUGAUCGUGAGCCGACAAGUUCGCAACAUGCAAACGGAAAUAACUUUGAGAAUUCCGAACGACCACCCGAACGAUCUGAAAGAAACGAAACCGAAAGAAAUGAACCAUUCGACAUCAACACGAGUCCUCCAGUAUUAUUCUUAACAAGGCCCGACUUCUUCACAGAAUUACAUACUAACGCCGAAGCAUUAGAAUUAUAUAAUCGGAAUGCCAGUCUAAAACAUAUGAUUAAUAGAAUCAGACGAGACACAACAGUGUUCCCAAGAUAUGAGCAUAACAGAGAUUUGGUUGCUUUAAUAAAUUUCUUUGCUGAUGCGAAUAAGGCGCUUCCAAGAGGCUACGAAUCAAAACUUGAUAGGACAGGCAAAAAAUUCUUCAUCUGUCAUGCCAGAAAAGCUACAUCUUUCAUUGAUCCAAGAUUGCCUACUGAAGCAGCGCAUGCACGAACAUUGUUAGAUGAAGCACCUGUUCCACCUCCAAGGCCGCAGCAAUCAGCUGUUACAACUACGCCCGACAUACCUGUAGCUUAUAAUGAUAAAGUGGUCGCUUUCUUACGUCAACCGAAUAUAAUGGAUAUUUUGAAAGAAAGACACUCAGUACUAGGACAGAAUAUUGCAUUGAGAGAGAAAGUAAAUACUAUACGAAUCGAAGGAACUACUGCUUUACAACGAUUAGGUCAUGAUGUACCUCUGGCACUGUUAUUAAGUUUAUUCGAACAAGAAAUUAUGUCAUAUGUACCUGGGAAUGUAGGCAGAUCUCCACUAGGUAGUCCGCAUGCUUCACCUGGCUUAACCAGAGCUUCUGCUAGAGCCCCAGCUCCAUACAGAAGAGAUUUUGAAGCUAAACUUAGAACAUUUUACAGGAAGCUAGAAAGUAAAGGAUAUGGACAAGGUCCAGGAAAGUUAAAAUUGCAUAUUAGAAGAGAACAUCUUUUGGAAGAUGCUUUUACUCGUAUCAUGGCCGCUUCAAAAAAAGACCUUCAAAAAGGCAAGCUAGUAGUUAUGUUCGAUCAUGAAGAAGGUCUGGACUAUGGUGGACCGUCCCGCGAAUUUUUCUUUCAUCUGUCGCGUGAGCUUUUUAAUCCUUACUAUGGAUUGUUCGAAUAUUCUGCCAAUGACACUUACACCGUCCAAGUGUCGCCUAUGUCAGCUUUCGUAGACAAUUACCAUGAUUGGUUUAAAUUUUCCGGUAGAGUUUUAGGUUUGGCUUUGGUUCAUCAAUAUCUGCUUGAUGCAUUUUUCACGAGGCCUUUCUACAAAGCUCUUUUGAGAAUACCAGCAAGCUUGAGCGACUUAGAAAGUCUGGAUCAAGAAUUUCACCAAAGUUUAAUGUGGAUCAAAGAGAAAGAUAUAAGUAUAGAACCGUUGGAAUUAACUUUUUCGGUGACAGAGGAAUUGUUGGGACGAGUAGCCGAACGUGAAUUAAAACCUGGAGGCAGAAAUAUUACUGUCACGGAGAAAAAUAAAAAAGAAUAUCUUGAAAGAGUUGUACGCUGGAGACUUGAACGAGGUGUUGCGGAACAGACGGAAUCAUUGGUUCGUGGAUUUUAUGAAGUUGUAGAUCCACGAUUGGUAUCGGUUUUUGAUGCACGGGAGCUAGAAUUGGUGAUAGCGGGAGCGGCUGAAAUUGAUCUUAAUGAUUGGAGGACACAUACAGAAUAUAGAAGUGGUUAUCAUGAUGCCCACCCGGUGGUGGAAUGGUUUUGGAGCAGUAUAAGUCGAUUUACAAAUGAACAAAGAUUAAGGUUACUACAGUUUGUUACUGGAACGUCAAGCAUUCCAUAUGAAGGAUUUGCAGCUCUUCGCGGAUCUACUGGACCACGGAAAUUUUGCAUUGAAAAAUGGGGAAGACCAAACAGUUUACCCAGAGCUCAUACAUGCUUUAAUCGCUUGGAUCUUCCACCAUAUCCUACACCUGAAAUUUUAUAUGAGAAGCUUUUAUUGGCCGUAGAAGAGACGAACACGUUUGGAAUAGAAUAAAGUAAAUUAUUUAUCUCGAUUACAGCAAAUAUAUAAUGAUAAAGUAAGAACAUUGUGCGUUGCAUUGUUCAAAUCGAAUGAAGGAUUCUUGUGGAUAUAAAACUGUAUCAAUGACGAAUUCCAUUAUUCAGAAACUCGCAAUUGGAUUUCUAAGAUUACUACAAUCAAAACUGUAUCAAAAUGUAAAUACCUAGAGGAAAAAAAAACAAACAGUUGCGCAUAUUUUGAAAAUUUUAAAUAUUGUACACAUAUUGCUGUAAUCUAUUUAUAUUGAAUCUGAACGAUAAUUCGCGCACUUUAUGUCUUGUAUAAAAGUAAGAGAUUUAAUACAUUAUUGCAAAAUAUUUCAAUAUGGAUAUAUACAAUUACAUUUUCGUUAAAAUUUCUAUGUUUACUGAGCUUGCUGAAAGAUCAAUAUACAGUGUGCCUGAGUAAUCUAAGAAAAGUUAAAUAUCUCAUAGGGGAAAAAAGUUACAAAAAAAAUGCUCCUACAAAAAUUUGUUUGGUUUAAAAAUAGACAUUGUAUAUUGUACAAGCCGUUAAAGGAAUUUACGCAAGGUAGAAAACGAAGACUCAUUUUAAUCUGAAUCCUUCAGUUUUUACUAGUACACUACUUUCUCCUAGAUGAAAAUAUUUCUUACUGGGUCUCUUUGAAUUCGUCUCAAAUAUGGUAAUCAUACUAUAAAUAAAAAUUUAAAAUAUUUCAUUUCAUAAUAUUAAGUUGAUUCAAAAUAUUUUUGUAGGAACAAUUUUUCAUAUUUUUUUAAUCCCUUACGACCUUUUAUUUAACCAGUCUUAGAUAAUUUGGACAUACAAUAAAUUUUCCCGUGGAAAAAACUCAAUUUUAAAUUAAUACAAAACACGCGACAUAUUUAGCAUAACUCACACAACAUUUUUUUUUUCUUUACAUUUUACAAAAGUAUUCUAACAAAUUUCUAUGGAAAACGAAAAAGGGAACGAUGCAUUUUACGAAAAUAUAUAGUGCAGCUAUAUUAGUAAUUUAUUCAGUGAUCUAUUUAGUUUAUAGUUCCGAUAAUCAUUUCUAGUCUGUAUUUAUAAUACUGAAUUUUGAACUCUUUUUCUAAUAUUUUAAGACAUUCCAUGUCAAUUUACUUAAUAUUAUUAUAAUUAAAUUAAGAAAUUGUACAAGGAAACAGAAAAAAUGUUUAUAACGUAAACAAUUUUUACUGCACAUUUUAAGAUGUCUUUCUCGUAAGAUAUUAUUAUGUUCUACAAACAUUUUUUCCGUUAUCUGCAUGUCAUGUAAUUUUACAUUCGGACCGAAUAAAUGCUAUUUAAAUAUUUGUAAAAUGUCCAGAAAGAAACUGUCAAUGAAUACACAACGAAAGUAUGAAUAGCGAGUGAAAAUAUGUCAAUGAAAGUAAUAAUAACGAUAAUAAUUAAAUUAUUGUUCAAGUAUUAAUUUUGCAUUUAGUAUUAAUGUAAACAUUUUGCAGAAUUAUAUUUGAUGUGUAGAACAUUCUUAAAAAAUAUUGUUUAUACAAUUCGUUAAAUCAAUUGUAAUAACAGAAACAUGGUAACAGAAUAUUAUAAUAUUGUUACUUAAAAAAAAUCUAUGGACAUUUAGAUGCUUUUAUGCUUGAAGAAUUACUCUACCUCUACCAAACUUUAAUCUUGCUUCUACAGCUUGGGAAAUUUUCUUCUCUUAACUGUUUAGCCUUUCCUAAUUCAUAAAAAAAUGCAUGAUAUUUAAAAUAUUUGCUGAUGUUUAACACUGUGAAGAAAAUAAUAAGGACGUCACUUUAUUUAAAUUAGCCAAAUUACACGAAACUUAUACUGGAAAAUGACAAAAUAUAUUAAAUGGAAAUAUUUAUCAAAUGUUGAACAGAAUUUGCAUUAAAUUAUUGAAUGUAAAUAAUUAUUAGCAAAUUCAAUAGCUAAGUAUAAAAUAUACCAUAUUGACAACAUAUAAUUUUUAUGUAAUAAAGUUUCAAUUUGUAAUCUUUUUGAUCUUUAAUGACGGUAACGAUAACUAUAUCGUUAAAUUACAAUAAUAAACUUAUUAAAUAAUAGUAGUCAUAAUUAUACUAUUUAUUACAUAGAAAAACUAAUAUUAUGUGAUUGUUGAAGAUAAGUUGCACUUUAUAUUGUCUGUAAACUAGUCAUGUAGCAUAGCAAAAUGGUAGAACUUAGUAUAUUCUAUACAUGUUACAGGCAUGUUAAUCCUAGAUAACACAACAUUUACAAUGAAUCAUGACUGUGUGAGAACAUUCUUUACUUUAUUGUUAAAGAAAAUAAAAUGUGCCUCUUUUGUUAUGUUACAUUAAAUAUUGUUGUUUUUUACUUUUAUUCGCUGAAUUUCAUUUACUGAAUAAUUUAUUUUGUAAUAAUUAUAUCUUCUAAAACUGAAACGGAUUUACUACUACGACCGAAAUCCUUCGGAAAGUAUAAUUUAGUCAUAGUAUCUUAUACAAUUAUCUAAGAAUGUGUACUGAAAAACUUCCACAAUUGUUCGUUCGUGCUUCAUUAUCAAAAAGUGGACAUUACAUAACAAAUUAAGAAGUUACUUUUUUCUACAUUAUGUACAUCGUGUUACAUUAUUUUUGUACAUUUUUUCAAAAGAUGACAAAACUAAUAUGAUUAUUCGUAAUUUUGAAAAUAUGAAAAUUGCACGUUGACUCUGAAAUUCAUACAUAAUCAUUAUAAGUAAGAAAUUACGCUAUUUUCUGUAAAGCUAAAAUAAUUAUUAAUAGCAAAAAAUUACCAAAAAAAUUUUAAUCAUGUGAAGAAUGAUAUAUAAAUAAAGCUUCAGGUGUUGUGUAGAAGCUUGACCCUAAAUUUAAUAUAAAUUCAAUUUUCUUCAUUACUAUUCAGCUGUUAUGUUUAUAUCAAUUUUAUAAUUAGAUCUGUGUUUACUGUUCUUCAUAUAUUAUAUAUAUAUAAGAAGUUUAUAAACUGUAAAGGAAUUUGAGAACAUUUAAUUUAUUGAAAAGUUUGUGACCAAUUCCUAAUGUCACAGUGUAAACAGGUGCAUAGUACAAAAUUUGUGGAAUCAAUAAAUGUCGGAUUGUAAAGGUCACAACGGAGAAAGAAAAACAAAAAUAAUGAAAUACGACCAAAAAGGAUCGUUCUUGAAUCGAAAAAAUGUAAUCAUACUUUGGAAAAGUUAAAACUUUUAUAGAAUAACUUCUAUUGUAGUUAUUAUAUGCAAAAUUGAAUGCAGCGACAAUAAAAUCUUUUCUUUUUCGAUCUUAUUAAUCUGUGAAAUUUUAAUCAUAGUCGAAAUUAUAAAUUCGUAAGACCUUACACACGAGAUAAUUUUUUAUACACGAACUGUUUUGUAAUUUCUAGUACAUAAUUCAUACACUUUUCAAGAUUAAAAAUGCAUUGUAAUAAACUUAAAAAUGAUUUCGCGUAUAAGCAUAUUAGUAUAACGUUAUGCUGUAGUGUUAUAUCUAUCCCUAUUUACCAAUUAUUUUCCAAAAUACUUUUUCAAAAUACUAUCAAACAUAUUUCUACGAAGUAAAUUUAAGAUUUGAGAGAAGAUAUAAGUACAUGAAAAUACAAAGCAGUUCAGUAUUGCACUUUAAUACAACUUUUGAAUUCUUUGACAUUAUUUAAG